CAACCCACACCCUUCUAGGAGCAAUCGGGGUCUCGCUGAGGGUCUCCCCCCGCCCCAGCCUUUCGCUAGAGCCUGCAGGGCUGUGCGAGCUUGAGCAGGAACAUGAAGGUGGGCUGGCCAGGUGAGAGCCGCUGGCAGGUGGGCCUGGCUGUGGACGACACCCCCUCUCUAGGAGCAGCACAGGUGGGAGGCCUCCCGGACGUGGUGCCGGAGGGGACCCUGUUCAACAUGGUGCUGAAGAGGGUGCACCGGCCCCGAAGCUGUUCUUACCAGUUGCUGCUGGAGCACCAGCGUCCCAGCCGCAUCCAGGGGCUCCGCUGGACGCCACUCACGGACAGUGAGGAGUCCCUGGAUUUCAGCGUGAGCCUGGAGCAGGCGUCCACGGAACGGGUGCUCAGGGCUGGGAAGCAGCUGCAUCGACAUCUCCUCAUCACCUGCCCGACCCUUAUCCGAGACCGAAAGUACCACCUUCGGCUCUAUCGGCAAUGCUGCUCCGGCCGGGAGCUGGUGGAUGGCAUUUUGGCCCUGGGCCUGGGAGUCCAAUCCCGGAGCCAAGCCGUGGGAAUCUGCCAGGUGCUGCUGGAUGAAGGUGCCCUUUGCCAUGUGAAACACGACUGGACCUUCCAGGACCGAGAUACCCAAUUCUACCGUUUCCCCGGGCCGGAGCCAGAGCCCGCAGGUGUCCGGGAGCUGGAGGAGGAGCUGGUGGAGGCCGUGGCCCUGCUGUCCCAGCGGGGGCCUGACGCCCUGCUCACUGUGGCACUCCGCAAGCCCCCUGGUCAGCGCACAGACGAGGAGCUGGACAUCAUCUUUGAGGAGCUCCUGCACAUCAAGGCUGUGGCCCACCUCUCCAACUCGGUAAAGCGGGAAUUAGCAGCAGUUCUUCUCUUUGAACCACACAGCAAAGCGGGGACCGUGUUGUUCAGCCAGGGAGACAAGGGCACCUCAUGGUACAUUAUCUGGAAAGGAUCUGUCAAUGUGGUGACCCAUGGCAAGGGGCUGGUGACCACACUGCACGAGGGAGAUGACUUUGGACAGCUGGCGCUGGUCAAUGACGCACCCCGGGCAGCCACUAUCAUCCUGAGAGAAGACAACUGUCAUUUUCUCCGCGUGGACAAGCAGGACUUCAACCGUAUCAUCAAGGAUGUAGAGGCAAAGACCAUGAGGCUAGAAGAACAUGGCAAAGUGGUGUUGGUCCUGGAGAGAGCCUCUCAGGGAGCUGGCCCUUCUCGCCCUCCAACCCCAGGCAGGAACCGGUAUACCGUGAUGUCUGGCACCCCAGAGAAGAUCCUAGAACUACUGUUGGAGGCCAUGCGACCUGAUUCCAGCGCUCAUGACCCAACAGAGACUUUCCUCAGUGACUUCCUCCUGACCUACAGCGUCUUCAUGCCCAGUGCCCAGCUCUGUGCCGCCCUCCUGCACCACUUCCACGCGGAGCCCUCGGGGGGCAGUGAGCAGGAGCACAGCACCUACAUCUGUAACAAGAGGCAGCAGAUCCUGCGGCUGGUCAGCCAGUGGAUGGCCCUCUAUGGCCCCAUGCUCCACGCGGACCCAGUGGCCACCAGCUUUCUCCAGAAACUCUCAGACCUGGUGAGCAGAGACACGCGGCUUUGCCUCCUGCUGCGGGAGCAGUGGCCGGAGAGGCGGCGACACCACAGGUUGGAAAAUGGCUGUGGGAAUGCAUCUCCUCAGAUGAAGACCAGGAACAUGCCCGUUUGGCUCCCCGGCCAGGACCAGCCCCUCCCCAGCAGGAACUGUGCCAUUCGAGCUGGGGACAAAGUCCCCUAUGACAUUUGCCGACCGGACCACUCCGUGCUGACCCUGAAGCUACCUGUGACGGCCUCCGUGAGAGAGGUGAUGGCAGUGUUGGCCCAGGAGGAUGGCUGGACCAAGGGGCAGGUGCUGGUGAAGGUCAACUCUGCGGGUGAUGCCAUUGGCCUGCAGCCAGAGGCCCGUGGUGUGGCCACAUCCCUGGGGCUCAAUGAGCGGCUCUUUGUCGUCAACCCACAGGAAGUGCACGAGCUGACCCCACACCCCGAGCAGCUGGGGCCUACUGUGGGCUCUGCGGAGGGGCUGGACCUGGUGAGUGCCAAGGACCUGGCGGGCCAGCUGACAGACCACGACUGGAGCCUCUUCAACAGUAUCCACCAGGUAGAGCUGAUCCACUACGUGCUGGGCCCCCAGCACCUGCGGGACGUCACCACGGCCAACCUGGAGCGUUUCAUGCGCCGCUUCAACGAGCUCCAGUAUUGGGUGGCCACGGAGCUGUGUCUCUGCCCUGUGCCGGGCCUGCGGGCCCAGCUGCUCAGGAAGUUCAUCAAGCUGGCCGCCCACCUCAAGGAGCAAAAGAAUCUCAAUUCCUUCUUUGCCGUCAUGUUUGGCCUCAGCAACUCGGCCAUCAGCCGCCUGGCCCACACCUGGGAGCGGCUGCCCCACAAAGUCCGGAAGCUGUACUCUGCCCUCGAGAGGUUGCUGGACCCUUCAUGGAACCACCGAGUCUAUCGCUUGGCCCUCACCAAGCUCUCCCCUCCCAUCAUCCCCUUCAUGCCUCUUCUUCUCAAAGACAUGACCUUCAUCCAUGAAGGAAACCACACAUUGGUAGAGAAUCUCAUCAACUUUGAAAAGAUGAGAAUGAUGGCCAGAGCCGUGCGGAUGUUGCAACACUGCCGAAGCCACAGCAAUGUGCCACUGUCGCCACUCAGAAGCCGAGUAUCCCACCUCCACGAGGACAGCCAGGUGGCGAGGAUGUCCACGUGCUCUGAGCAGUCCCUGAGCACCCGCAGUCCGGCCAGCCCCUGGGCUUAUGUCCAGCAGCUGAAGGUCAUCGACAACCAACGGGAACUGUCCCGCCUCUCCCGGGAGCUGGAGCCGUGAGGCAGCUGGGGCUGGAGCAGGCACUUCUGGUCAGGAAAGCCAGGGCCCGCCCGGGGCCAGGAGGCCCGCAGGCCAGUGGCAGCUGGGCAGGGCUCUCCCGAGUGGACUCACGGCCCUGGAGUGGGCGGCAUGGAGGCGGCUAUCCCCCGUGAUGACAGACGGCCAAGGAGGACCUCGGAGUGGAAUGAGCUGGGGCCCAAGGCCAAGGAAUGGGGGGCAGAGAGGCCCUGGAGCGGGCGGGAGAGCAGAGCAGGCGCUGGAACUCGGUUCAAUAGAGAGCUCUCCACACCACGUUUUUCCCAGAGUCUGUGAGUCUGUGGCUUUGUCCUCAGGCCAUCUCCAGGCGCUUUGUUUUCAUGGUGGACAGAGGGAG